CGGUGUUUUUUCUGACGGGGAUUUCCUGAGCGGAAGAAGCUGAUGGGGCUUUCCAGUGUAACAUCAACAUAUAAGCAGCGGUCUGCUCGCCGUCACCCAUGAAUUUUAAAAAGCCAGUGUUUGAGGACCGUAGGUGAACGAUGUGUUUGCACCGCGGGAGCUCGAAGGCGUGUAGCGGGUCGGGAUGUGGCGGUUGGUCGGUGUAGCCGAUUUCCGCGUCUGAUUCAUGUCAUGUCUGCAGGGGGCAGUCCUGGUGGAAGGGAGAUCCAGAUCCCGCUCCAGCAGGGGGCGAACUCCCUGGCCAAUAACAUGCCCCUCUCCUUGGUCCCCCCUGGCGUCUCGUUGCGCCAGGCCAACGCCCGGUCCCACGUGGAGGCCCCCCCAGAACAUGGCUCAGGCGGUUCCCACGGGCCGGACUGCGGCUUCCUGCCGGUUCAGGGCGGCUUCAGAGACCGCUUCCUAGCGACUCCGGAGCCCAAGUACUGCUGUGAGGCCUGCAGGCUGGUGCUAUGUCAGCCCCGGCAGACCGAGUGCGGCCACCGCUUCUGUGACAGCUGCAUCAACGAGCUGCUCAGCCAUCCCAAACCCAUGUGUCCUGUGGAUAUGGAGCCCUUGUUUAAGGAGAAGGUGUUCCGUGACGUGUGCUGUCACAGGGAGAUCAUGGCCCUCAACGUUCUCUGUCGCAGUCAUUCCAACGGCUGUGGUGAACACAUGACCCUGCAGCAAGUCCCAGACCAUCUCAACGUGUGUCCAUUCUUUGAAGUCCCGUGCCCCCUGGGGAAGUGUAAGGAGAGGGUGAUGAGGAAGGACAUCUCGGACCACCUGGGCUUCAAGUGUAAACACAGAGAGAGCAGCUGUGAAUACUGCAAACACAAGCUGCCCCUCAGUGAACUACAGAAACACAAGGAGACGGUGUGUCCAGCGUUCCCUGUUGCCUGUCCGAACAACUGCUCACACUCCCCUCUGCUGAGGAACAAGCUCUCCAGCCACCAGCAGGAAUGUCCAAAGUCUCAGGCCUUGUGUCCUUUCCAGCGCUAUGGCUGCACUCAGAAGGGAUCGAACCAGGACAUCAGGGACCAUGAGGCAGAGUCGGCAGCUGAUCACCUGAGGAUGAUGUUAUCUAGGAGCUGUGCCCUGGAGACUAAGGUGGAGGACGUGAGAGAGGAGCUGUUGGAGCGCUCCAAGGUGCUGCCGGGUCUCAGCAGCCGUCUGGCGGAGAUGGAGAAACUCACCGAGGAGCUGAGGGACAAGAACCGGCUCACGGACCAGAAGAUCGUCAAUAUGCAGAAGCUGAUGAGCUCCCAGUCGGAGAAGCUGCUGGAGGUGGAGCUGGAGCUGCGGGUGCUGCGUCUCCUUCGGGAGGAGGUGGGGGAGCUGAGGGGGGCGCUGGAGAACCUGAGGGCCGGUCUGGCCCUCCUGGAGCAGGGAGCCCGCGGCCCGGCUGCCACCGGCUCCAUGGAGACGCAGCUGAGUCGCCACGACGACAUGCUGAGCGUGCACGAGAUCCGUCUGGCGGACAUGGACCUGCGCUUCCAGGUGCUGGAGACGGCCAGCUUCAACGGCACGCUCAUCUGGAAGAUCCGCGAGUACAAGCGCCGCAAGCAGGACGCGGUGGCCUCCAAGACGUCCUCGCUGUACUCCCAGCCCUUCUACACCGGCUACUUCGGCUACAAGAUGUGCGCCCGCGUCUACCUGAACGGCGACGGCAUGGGCAAGGGCACGCACCUGUCGCUCUUCUUCGUGGUCAUGAGGGGCGAGUACGACGCGCUGCUGCCCUGGCCCUUUAAGCAGAAGGUGACCCUGAUGCUGAUGGACCAGGGACCCCCCAGGAAGCACCUGGGCGACGCCUUCAAGCCCGACCCCAACAGCAGCAGCUUCCGGCGGCCGGUGGCCGAGAUGAACAUCGCCUCGGGGUGCCCGCUGUUCGUGGCGCAGACCGUCCUUGAUACUGGCACCUACAUCAAGGACGACACCAUCUUCAUCAAGGUUACCGUGGAUACCUCUGACCUCCCCGACCCCUGACCUCUGAACCCCGAACGGAUCAGCUGAUCUGUCGAACCCCGCAGAGCAAAGGAUCAUGGGAGAACGGUGGAACGGUGGACGGGCCCGGGAGCGCCUGCCGUCCGGCAGACAGACAGACGGGCCCCGUCCCGACCGGGCCUCCUGAGCGGGCGGGGCACCUCCUCCUCCUCCUCCUCCCCCUCCCCCUCCUCCUCCUGGGGGAGCGGCGGACCCCGGGGGGCGCCUCCCGCCCGGUCCGCGGACAUUUCAGCUCAGCGUCUCGGUGUACAUAGCCAACAUGGACGUUUAACGCAUCACUAUGGCCACACGGGGCAUCCCCACGGCAACAGGACUGUUGUCCCUCGGCGUGCCCCCCCCCCCCCCCUUACUGAUGCCGUGCAUCAAGCGACUUUUUAACCGUUCUUCUUCUGCGUGUCGUGAGCAGUGUGUGAUGAAGGAGCCGUGCCACAGAGGAGCAUCGCUCUGGUUGUUCAGGUGAAAAACAUUAAAGAUGUCGACUAAAAA